CCACAAUCCAUUUCAGAAGCCACUCUUGACUAUUAACUUUUCAAACUCCCAAACAUCAUUUGCAGAAAGCCGCCACCGAUCUUUACUCUUCUUUCCUCCUCCGCGCAGGUAUAAAUAUGAACCCUUUUUUUCGCUUGAAUCUGGGUUUCUUAGUUCUCCUUUUAGUCUUACUGUGGUUCAGAUUUCUAAAGAGAUGGCUCUCGUCAAUGGAUUCUCAUCUCUCUCUGCUACUCAUUCCACAUUCCAGUCUAGAAAACCCAGCGGGUUUAAUCUGCAGCAGCCCUCUUGCUCCAUGUCCUACACGCCUUCUUCCUCGUCCUCCCCUUCUCCUUUUACUGAAAAACACUCCAUGGAGAGAUAUCAAAGAGAUAGAUGGUUAUACAAAGACCCAUCUGUUAAUGCUUCUUGUUCACUCCCAAUUGAUUCGAAUUCAAGUUUCAUUAGAGAGACUGAUAUAGCUCUGCAGUUGCCCGAGCUGAAGAAGUUGCUUCAGGUUUUGAGGGAGAAACGAGAGAAUGAAGGGUGCGAAGGAGGAAAUAGAAGGCCUGGAAAUGUGUUCUUGAUUGGGACUGGGCCUGGUGAUCCUGAGCUCUUGACGCUGAAGGCGAUGAAAGUGAUUCAAAGUGCUGAUCUUUUGUUGUACGAUCGAUUGGUGUCGAAUGAUUUGUUGAACAUGGUGCGACCAGAAGCUAGGCUUCUUUAUGUUGGGAAGACUGCUGGUUACCAUAGCCGUACUCAGGAGGAGAUCCAUGAAUUGCUUCUGAGUUUUGCGGAGGUUGGUGCUACUGUUGUGAGGCUAAAAGGAGGUGAUCCAUUGGUGUUUGGCAGAGGUGGAGAGGAGAUGGAUUUUUUGCAACAACAAGGGAUUCAAGUCAAGGUUAUUCCAGGCAUUACUGCGGCUUCGGGGAUAGCAGCAGAAUUGGGGAUACCAUUGACCCACCGUGGUGUUGCAAACAGUGUUAGAUUUCUGACAGGGCACUCAAGGAAGGGAGGAACAGAUCCCCUGUUUGUGGCAGAGCAUGCCGCAGAUCCUGAUUCAACCUUGGUUGUUUACAUGGGUUUGUCCACUCUCCCAUCUCUUGCUCUGAAGUUGAUGCAUCAUGGUCUACCACAUGAUACACCAGCUGCUGCAAUAGAACGAGGGACUACCCCUCAACAACGGGUGGUAUUUGCAGAACUUAAGGAUCUCAUUGAUGAAGUUACUUCUGCAAACUUGGUUUCACCAACCCUUAUCAUCAUUGGGAAGGUUGUGGCACUCUCACCAUUCUGGCCUCACUGUUCUAAAGAAGAAGCUGUUUUGGUGGAGUCUCAGUAGUCAAGUUGAAGAGAGUAUCGAUGUUUAAAACAUGGCUCUAACUGAGGCCUUCCAAGUGUCGCACACUCGAUACUCUGGAAGGAUAAAUAAUCAAUGGGUAUCUGCACUUUGUUGAGGCACAUUUUUCUGGUUGUCUUCUAAUUGGUUAUAUUGGAGCUGAGUGGAACUGCUUUUACAGACAGAAUUGGGUAUGGUCUGGGAUUUUUGUCAGUGUCAUUGAGUGGGCUGUCAUUUAUGUUGCCUCCAGUAUAUAGAAGAAGGAACCUCUAACAAUUCCAUUGAUAUGUUGUAAUUCCCUCAACUGCAAGUCUGCAAUCAGAAGAAGGGGGGGGGGGGGGGG